UAAAAUUUGCCAAACAGUGAGUACGCAUCUUAAGCCCAUACACAGAAAGAACGCAAGGAAUUCUCCCUCUCUCUCUCUCUCUCUCUCUCCCCGUCACACACACACACACACACACACCACACAUUCUCUCUGUCACACACACACACACUCAAUUUCGCAUUUGCGCCUUUGCGAUUCCGAAAGCCGCGAACAUGAUGUGGGACGAAUGGGACGACGUUGUUCGAGAAAACGAAGAAACAAAACAAGAAGACUCUCAUAUAAACUUCGAUUUCUUCUCUGUUAUGUCUAAACCCAAAGAUUACUAUCGAAUAUUGGAAGUGGAUUAUGAUGCUACGGAGGACACCAUCAGAAACAACUAUAUCCGUCUCGCUUUGAAGUGGCAUCCUGAUAAGCAAAAAGAGCAGGACUGUGCUACUUCAAGAUUUCAAGAGAUAAACGAAGCUUACCAGGUUCUUAGUGAUCCUAUCAGAAGACAAGAAUAUGACAAUAAAGGGAUGCUACAAGCCUAUGAUUACAAUAUCAUUGAGUACCUAAACCGUUACAAGGGCCUCAUAUUAACAACCAAUGGCCUUGGGAUGAAGCAUUCGAUAUGGUAAUAUCCAUGAUGCACCAUAUGUAUCUUGUGGUUCUGCAACCAACAUAUAUUGGAUGAGGAUCAGCAGUUAGGAUUAAGCAGAGGGUUAAACACUAUCAGUUGCCCGUGUAAAACUGGAAAAUGACGGGCUGUCAACAUCAUCAUGUAACGUCGUAUGCUUGCUCUUUGAACUCUUAUAAAAAGGUUGUAUUAUGUAAUCUUGUCACCUUUGGGGUUCUUGCAACCAGGAAAAUUGGGCUGACUGUUUCCUUUGUAAGAAAUACAUUUUAGUGUAUAAAGUAAUGUCAGUGAAUUGCCUGCUGAGAGAAAACAAGGAGUGGGGGCGAGUGCAUAGUGUAGUUCUAGAUCUGUUCCGGGGCAAACUACUGUUUGCAAGUUUAUGGAAAGAUUGAGACAAUUUCUUUGAA